UACUCGGUCUUAUCGGCCAAUCUCGGCGAGCAGAUGCUGGAGGUUUGUAAACGACAAUGGCAUAUAGGGAUUACCUCGUUCGGAGGACCUAUCGUACAGUACGCAUUCAACAACCUCUUUGUCCAGAAAUACCACUGGCUCGAUGACCCAACCUACCAAGAACUCUUCGGCAUCGCCCAGUCCCUUCCCGGCUCCGCCUCCACCAAACUGAUCUUCAUCAUCACCCUCCUCCGCACCUCCUUCCUCCCCGCCCUCCUCUCCUUCAUCUUCUGGGCCGGCCCCGGCGCAAUCGGCAUGUUCAUCCUCGCCGUCGGCAUCGGCCAGAUCGGAAGCUCGCUGCCAAACCCCGUGUACGCGUUGCUCAGCGGCCUCAACGCCGCCAUCGUCGGCGUCAUCUUCGUCGCGGGCCUGAACGUCUCGGCGCGGUGCAUCACCGACAAACUCAGCCAUCUGACGAUCUUCUUGUCGGGCAUGUUUGGCAUCAUGUAUACCUCGCUGUGGUAUUAUCCCGUGCUCAUGAUCGCUGCGGGUUUCAUCACUUUGGUGUACGAUUCGCCCGCGUGGCAGCGCGCGGUCAAACAGGCUGCGCAUGAUUUAGCGCAGCAGAUCCUCGGCCGGAAAAGCUCGGUAGACGAGGUCAUUGUCUUGGAAGACUUCAACACUGAUUACCAAGAUAUGCCGGAAUCAAGCGCUCAAGCUGGAUCGACGUCCUACAACGAUCCCUCUGGAUUAUUGAAAACUGACGGACUGCCAAAAGACGACAACAAAGAGAUCAUCAUCCAGACCCGCGAAGGAACCUCCGCGGUCUCAUUCACCGCCCCUUACAGCGACCAGCCAGAAGAAGCAACCCCGCAGCAGCCAGAACCCGACUACCCCAUCAAAUUCGGCAUCUCCGUCGUCGUCUUCUUUGUAAUCUCCUUCGUCGUCAUCAUGGUCAUCCGCGCGGUCGUCAAGAACCUCGGCGUGCCCUACCUCGUCUUCAGCAACAUGUACCUCGCGGGCACAAUCAUCUUUGGCGGCGGCCCCGUCGUCAUCCCGCUCCUGCGCGAGUACACCGUCGGCCAGGGCUGGGUCUCGCCCCGGGACUUUGCCAUCGGCCUCGCGCUCAUCCAGGCCUUUCCCGGCCCAAACUUCAACUUUGCAAUCUACCUCGGCGCGCUCGCGUACAAGAACGCGGGCAGCUCGGUCGUCUGGGGCGCGAUCGUCUCCUUCAUCGGCAUCUACGCGCCCGGCAUGAUGAUCGCCGGCGGCAUGUUCACCUUCUGGCACAAACUCCGCAAGUUCUCGCCCAUCAUGAGUUUCCUGCGCGGCAUCACCGCCGCCGCGACCGGCCUGCUGUGGACAGCCAUCUACCGCAUCUGGGACUCGGGCUUUCUCUCGUCCUCGAACCAGACCGGCGAGUCGCUAGGCAACGAGGCGUGGUGGUACGUCGUCGCCGCAACCGCGUUCGUGCUGGGCUAUCUUUAUCAUUUCCCGACGCCGUUGUCGAUCGCGGUCGGCGGGUUGAUGGGCAUCAUUCGGUGGGCUUAUGACGGGGCUCCUGCGUGAUUUAUGUUUCUGUCUGUAAUGAAUAACAUGUAAUGAUUAACAACUCGAUUUGCGAUUUGAGUAGUCUGGUGGGUGCUGUUUGCUGUCAUUGCAGAUGCUCUUGAUUGUAGAUCCGCUGCGCAGAAACGAGCGGAAAGUGGCACUAAUCUCUCCAACCAACUAACUCGGCAGCAGACGCGCCAGAUCACACAUCAUUAUCUUGUACGCAGCGCGGAGAAGCGGUUGAGAGGACGAAGAGAUGCUCGCGAGAUGUAUACCUUGGCGGAUAAACCAUAUAUAACCCAGCUUUUGAGCUUUCUUACAAAGUACCUGUUCAUGACGUAUUCGCUACAGCCGAAGGGAGUUGGUAACAUUGCAGAAAGUAAAGUGAUCAGAGCUUGGAUCGAGAUGUAAUCCUCCACCGAUGUCCUCAAUCGUUGCAUGUAUUCGUCAUAUGCACAGUCAGCUCCAUAGGCUCCCCGUCUAAAAUCGAAGUCCACGCGCUUACUCUCUCUCAGUAU